AUGAAAGCUAAGAUAUUGGACGAUUUUAAACUUUGGUAUUUGGGAGACCAGAGUGGAAGAGGCAGAGUUGGCAUAGUGGUGGAUAAAGACUUGAAGAACAAUGUGGUAGACGUUAAAAGAGUGGGAGACAAGAUUAUAUCCUUAAAGAUGGUGUUAGAUAAAAAAGUGAUCAACAUUAUCAGUGUUUAUGCUCCACAAGCAGGAUUGGAUGAGAGCUGCAAGCUGCAAUUUUGUGAACACAUGGAUGAAUUGAUGCAUAGUUUUAGACUGGAUGAAAAGAUUAUUAUGGGAGGCAAUCUGAAUGGACACAUUGGGAAGGAUAGGAGAAGUCAUGUAGAGGUGCACAGAGGUUAUGGAGUUGGGGAGAGAAAUGAAGAGGGAACCUCAAUUUUGGACUUCGCAACCGCCUACGAUCUAUCUAUUGUUAAUAUUUUUUUCGCUAAAAGGGAAGAACACUUAAUUACGUACAAAAGUGGAUAG